AUGAUUCAGUCAUUAAACCUCAAACCCUUCCUGAAUGGACUCACCAGGAAGCCAGUAAUGGGGGAGCUGAAGUGGGAGAAAGAAUACAAGGGGUAACUGGUGUCUGUGGAAAGAUAUAUGAACAUGUAG